AUGGUGGUAAAGCUAUCCCACGAAGUGAAACAAAAUCCAUGGAACCUGAUAAAGUACAAGAUUUAAUAAAAGAACUAUCUAUGCCAAAUGAGCCGAUUGAUAAUAAUGAUAGAGAAAAUAAGAGCAAGGAAUCGAAGCCAAAAACUUUACUCCAAUUAUACUAUAAUGCAAGCCAGGCAGAAAAACGUGUAGCUC